UUUGAACUUAGUCUGGCGGAAGUGUGGAGAGAUGGGGGCGGGGCCGGCGACUGGCAUUAGGAGAUAAUCAUAAAAAUAUGGAAGAUUGAUGGAAAUUGGAGACGUUAUCAGGAGCUGUGUUUAUACUAGGCCUAUCUGACACCAGUUGUCAUAUCAUUUUAAUAUGGCUGCUCCUGUGGCCGCUGAAGAAGGGAACGUCUCUGUGGUGGUCCGUGUCCGCCCACCAAACUCAAGGGAGCAGGAAGGAAACCAGUACUCUGUGGUGCAAGUAGUUGAUCACAACAUUUUGAUAUUUGACCCUGAUGAGCCCGAAACAUCAGGUGUCUUCUCCAACCUCAGAGGCCACGAAGGAACGAGGCGCAAAGGGAAAGAUCUGAAAUUCAUAUUUGACCGUGUAUUUGGUGAACAGAACUGCCAACAAGAUGUGUUUGAGCAUACUACGAAGCAGAUCCUCGACGGGGUCUUAAAUGGUUACAACUGUUCAGUUUUUGCUUAUGGAGCUACUGGAGCAGGGAAGACGCAUACAAUGUUGGGAAGUGAAGCUGACCCUGGAGUCAUGUAUCUCACUAUGGUCGAACUAUAUCAGCGAAUAGAAGCAAUCAAGGAGGAGAAGUCCUGCGAGGUGCUCAUCUCCUACCUGGAGGUUUAUAAUGAACAGAUCCAGGACCUUCUAGAACCCAAAGGCUUUUUAGCAAUUAGAGAAGACCCCCAGAAAGGGGUUGUAGUACAGGGCCUCUCCUUUCAUCAGCCCAAAUCUGCAAAGCAGCUACUGCAAAUGUUGGCUAAUGGUAACCUGAACCGGACGCAGCAUCCAACAGACGCUAAUGCAACGUCAUCUCGAUCACAUGCGGUUUUCCAGAUUUAUGUCAAGCAGCAAGAUCGUACGGCCAGUAUCAGCCAGGACAUUCGCGUGGCCAAAAUGAGCCUCAUCGAUCUAGCCGGGUCAGAGAGAGCAUCGUCCACAAACGCCAAAGGCGAGCGCCUCAGAGAGGGCGCCAACAUCAACCGUUCCUUGUUGGCGCUUAUAAAUGUCAUCAACGCACUGGCUGAUGCCAAGAGUAAGAAGGCACACAUCCCGUACAGGGACAGUAAACUAACCCGACUUCUGAAAGACUCUAUUGGAGGCAACUGUAGGACAGUGAUGAUCGCAGCCAUCAGCCCUUCAUGUCUCAGUUAUGAUGACACCUAUAACACACUUAAAUAUGCCAAUCGGGCCAAAGAAAUAAAACUGUCGCUGAAGAGCAAUGUGAUCAAUUUGGACUGUCAUAUCAGCAAAUACGCCGCCGUGUGCGAGGAACUGAAAGCAGAAGUAGCGGAACUAAAGGCUAAACUGCAUUCCUAUGAAAUGAAGGAAUCCAUUCAGGAUACUACUGAAGCCUUGUCUGUGUGCCACAGCCCUGUGCAGAGGAAAUCCCCCAGCUUGGAAGAGCCUUUAGAUACGUCAAGUCCCGAGCAAGGUUUUAAGAAGCCAUUGCAGUCCCUGAGCGAGCUGUCGUCAGAACAUUUACAUUACAAGCGACAUUCCAAGAAAAGAGAGAGUCAGGAUUCUGGGUCCGAGAGCUUUGACAGUGGAGCAGGAGAGACCAAUCUUAGUAUCCUGCUGGCUCCCCACAAACAUAGCACCGAAAAGCUGGUCACUGCUCUCUUGAAUGUUGCACGAAAGCAGUACGCCAUUCUGAAACGAGCCAACUUACAGACCCCAGAAAUAGAUGCGGAGCUACAAGCAUUGGAGAUGUUAGCCGCGGGGGAUCGGCGAGUCACUGAGACAAUGCAGACCGAUAAAGAGGAGAAAUCUGAUCUGCAAGAAGAAAACAGUAAAAACCUAAAAGAAGAUGACAAUCGGCUGCCAUCAAUGGAAGACAUAAUUCCAGAUAUUAAAGAUGAGGAGCCAGUUGUCCUGGCCCCUCCUACCAGGAAACGGCAUCCUACCAAACGCUGUCAUCAGGAGCUGCUCCCGGACAUCAGCCCCACACUCCGCAGCCCUGUGGUGCCAGUGAAAAGGAGAAGAGCUGAAACACACACCCCGUCUAAAUCGCGCCAAGCCCAUCCCAGCACCCCAGAGGUGCAUGUCAAACGACCAAGAAAAUCCUCCAUCCCUAGCCGACAAAACCUCCGAUCAAGUGCAAAUCCAUUUCCUAAUAAACCCACUGACCUUCCUGCCGCCUGUCAGUCUAAACAAUCUCUCUGUACGCCAAAGCAAGGUUCGCAAACCGCACCAGUUGUGCUGUCUCAGACAGUCACAAAAGGCCGGGUACCACUCGGAACGUCUGCUCUCCAGAACAGUGCGAUGGUUCACACUCAAGCUCUGAAUAUCAGGGACAUGAAUACCACAUUUGACUUGUCGGAAGAAGGCUGGAUGGUGUCAGAGAUGGACAAUACUGUGACUUUUGGUCCCUCAGAAAUUUCUGGCUGGAAAAGUAUUGGCGUGCCACAAAUUGACUGCAGAUUUGUAAAAAGCUCCGAUAUUCCUGUGUUUACCACAAAUGCACUUUCAGUAAAGGGUACCACUGCUUCAUGUGCUUCAAGUAUGAAAUCGUACAGUCAGAGAAGAAGGCGAUCUAUGAGUGCAACUUCCUCACGUGUUGGCAAUGGGACAAUCAGCCAAAGUCGUAUUGGCAGGUUACAGUUGAGCACAGGAAAACUGGUAAAACGGCCACCAACUAUAGCAGAGAAAGUAACCUGCAGCCCCCGGGGACAGAGUACCAAGAAGACAGGAAAGGGGACUGUGGCCUUUGGCCGGUCAUUAGGUGGCGCUCCAAUGACUCGAUUAAUGCAGCUUGCAGCAUCUAGGACUUGAAGACUCCAGUUGUUCAUAUGCUAACGAAACUUUUUUUUACCUCAACUCCCCGCUGCCUUUUAAUAGCUCUUAAAUGGGUUUACACGAGCAUCACUUCUUGUUAAAUGCCUCACCGCCAAAUGUUCUUGACAGAGGUGGCUCUUCACUGUAUUAUUUAGAUUUUCGGCUGAGCUAGUGAUACAUUCCUGAACUGGCCGGACCUGAAUCGGACCUGAAACAUUUUAACUGGAUUGUAGUAUAAUUUUAUCAUUUUAUUUGCUGCAAAAUGGAAUAGAAAAUGUUAGUGGCAUUACAUUUUUUGAUAGUUUUGAUAUAAUUUUCACUUUGGCUGAAUCACAGAGGA